ACCUCAGGAAGCAAGAUCGGCGUUUGAACACGCUCAUGUUGAAUCUCCGCCGCGUCCUGCAACUACGUCGGCAGCUGCAUUCACCGCUGAGUCGACGCCCGGCACCUUUGAAGCUCCGGCUUACACAGCUCCCCCUGUUGCGGCCUCUAUUUCGAACGACACGCAUCAACAGGAUGAACAAUGGGAUGAGGAUUGGGCUCAGCAUGAAGAAACUGUGGCGAAGGGAUCUCGUGCAGUGGAGACAAGUGAGGUGACCUCACGCAGUACGAUAGCAACCACGACGAUUACAACAACUAUCCAGACAGAUAUGUUUGUGAAAGCGCCUGUUGAGCUCGCUAGUCCUGGUGGUGCUGCUGGCGAGUUUUGGGGCGACGGCGACGAAGACGAGCUAUUUGAUCACGACGACCAUGCAGACGAAGAGUGGGAUGAGACUAUUAAGGACCAGACGAGCUCGGCGCAGCACAUGCAUGGAGAUUCGACUGCUUCCGCCUUCUCUGGUCAAGAUACGUCAUUCUCGCUUCCAUCUCAGCCGCUUCCGCCUGCUGUUGCUGAGUCUCCACCGAGGCAGGAAACGUUGCCAGUAGUGGCUCAAGAGACGAUGAGUACUUCUGACUACCCUGCGUCCGAAGCGACCAAGAUUUCUGACCAGGAGGAAAUGACUUCGGCUCCACCUGUGACGCCUCCGAAGCUACAAGAUGAAACAGCACAAUUGUAUUCUGCUGAGAGUAGCCUAGAGGCGAAGCCAGCUACGUCGUUGGAUGCCGAAUCCUCACCGUUCUCGAACGCCAUUGAAUCGUCCGUAAGCCAAGACACCGACCCCAACGUCUUCCCUGAGGCACCUCGCAAUGCUCGUUUCCUGCACACUCCGACUGGUACCGGAGGGCCUUUUGGACGUGUGCCAUCGCCUCAAGGCAACGACUCAGGCUUUCAGGACGAGUUCUCUGGCGCUGCCACUGCCGCGUCUACUACACACAAUGCUGAACAGACUCACCACAGUUCGAUGGCAUUUACAGAUGGAGAGAAAGCUGAGGGCCAGGAUUCGUACGAGGACUCGGGUGUAAGGUGGGAUGCUGGUUCUUUGCAUUCCGGUGGACAUGGUCAGCAGCACGAGGGUGAAUCUCGUCAGGGUCAAAGCGACGAAGAAGAGCGGGAUUCCGUUGUGUCUUUCUCGGGUGAAAACUCAUUUUUCCCGUCCGCUGGGCGACCUUCUUCUCUGUAUGGCGGUUCUCAGUCCUCGUUUGCAAGCCACCGCAUGUAUCAAUCGUCAGUAGCAAGCACGGAUCAUGAGGGCAGUUCGAUUGCCUCUUUUGGUGUGUCUUCUGCUGGAGCUACGUUUGGCGGGUCGGAGCGUGUUAGUGAAGGGGGCGCUUUUUCGGACGGCACGAUGUCAGAAACACCAAGCAUGGUGGACUCAUCCAACGCCAGCACAGCUUUCGGUACAGAUUUCCCUUCAGUAAGUGAGGGUCAGUUCUCAGCCCCUGGUACGACAAUUGGUGGAUCGGACAAUGGUAGUAGUGACGGGGGAUUUUCAGAUGGAAACGCAUCUGAAGCAACCAGCAUGUGCGAGUCCGUCAGCACGAACCCGCGACUUGUUUCGGAAUUUAACGCUACGCGUGGUCACUACGUGACGGAAACAAUCGAACGCCGUGACGUUCAAGAACCGUUUGCAUCAUCUGCACCAGAAUCCGACUCGGUCGCCGCGUUUGGGGUGUCCGAGCCAGCCGCUGCGUCGUCGAUGUUUGGAACUAAUGCCUCUGCUGACGACAAUCCAUUUACUAGCUCGCCCAGUGCUUUUAAUCCUGCUCAACACGCGACCAGAGCUCCCCCUGCUGCGUCUAACGAUUCCAACUUUGGUCACCAGGCGGAAACCGCGACCAAGGAAGAGGGAAUUCAGAGUGCUGCCUCGCUGUUUGGUGCCACGGCUGGUGCUGAUGUUCCAAAUCCUUUCAGCUCGUUCGGUGCGCCUCCCGCUGCACCUGCAGCAGACACGAAGCCUAUUGAAGAGCAUGAACUUCCGACUUCAGAUGCUGGCGAUCUCUUCGGCUCGGGUCCUUCUACAAGUGCAUUUGGUCAGCCAGUGCAGCACGCAAGUUACCAGACGCAUGAGCAGGGUUACUCUGAUAGUGGCACGUCGGCAUUCAACUCUGCUCAGAGUCAGUUUGCUUCAAGUCCUUUCGACCGGCCAGCGGCAGCAGUUUCCUCCUCAAGUCCAUUCGAAACGCAAAGUUCUCACAACUCUGCGGACCCGUUUGCUUCUCGAGGUGGUAGUACUCAACAUGGCUUUGGAAACGCGGCCCCAUCUGCCGAUAGCACCAGUAACAAGUACAAGGACCCAUGCGUGGCACCUCCGUCAUGCCUCGCGUCAUUCGGCUUUGGUGGUAACGUGGUGACAAUGUUCCCGAAGAGGAAACUGCGAUUGAACAUCGCAGGAAGCGGUUUCCGCAACAGUCCUCGUGGCCCCGCACCGCCGUCUGCGUUCGAUAACGGAGGGAACUGUGAACUUCGCAAGGGCCCGGUGAAUUUGUAUCGCAUGGACCAACUUCAUCCGAAGGACAAGGAAUUUGAGCAGAUGGACAUAUUCCCGGGUCCAUUGACGGAAAACGUGUCUGAUGAGGCGAUUCUGGAAUACCUCGACGACCGACUGAAGCGUAGCGAGGCCCCUACAAGCGCUGACGAGGCUGAGGACGAGAACGACCGCUUGCUUCUGGGCAUCUUACGUGUCCUGGUUAAGUGCAAUGGAAAGUUGCGCUCGGACCCUGGAACACUGAACCCAAGCGAUCCUGAUUCGCCAGAGGCUCAACUGAUUACACUGCUCAGCGAAAGCAGCAAGCGGCGAAGUGGCAACCAGCCUCCGACUUUUCCCCCUCGAAAGAUUCAGUCUGCGAUGCACCCGGAUUUGAUGCUGAAGCAUGCAAACGAACUACGCGAACUGCUGUUGGUUGGUGAUCGUAAGGGAGCGGUCUCUACUGCGAUGAGUGCGCACAUGUGGCCGGAAGCCAUGCUGAUCGCUUCAUUUACUGACAAGGAGGAGUACAGGCGAGUCCUGCGUACGUACUUGGACGAAACGUAUGCAAUGGGUGACCCAAGCCGCGCACUAUUCAUGGCCUUCGCAGACCAACAGGAAAAGAGCGUGCAAGAACCCAAGCGUCUACUGCAAACCAACAUCCAACAGUCCUCGGAUUCUCUCGUUCUGUCAGCGUGGGUGUCACACGCUCAAGUUCUUCUCGCGAAUCGGACUGCAGACACCAACAAGAUCUUGACAGAGCUUGGAGACCGGUUAUGGACCGAAGUCAACGCUGUUGCGGCUGCACAUGUGUGCUACUUGCUAGCUGGAAUUCAAGUGGAAGCGCCGAUGCCGACUUCAAAGAUUGCACUUCUGGGUGGAGACCACCGCACAUCAACGGAAGCGAGAUUCUACGUGUCGCCUGGAGCUGUGCAGCGCACGGAGGUGUACGAAUGGGCCCAAAAACAAGCCAAGGGCGCGUCGGCGAACCUCAUGAUCCCUUUCCAAGGCUACAAGCUUAUUUAUGCCAUGCUGCUGGCGGAUCACGGAAAACUCGAGACUGCGUUCAAGUAUGUCACGUCCAUGCUGACAGUGAUCAAGGCGGUGACCGCGACGAUGAAGCCCGGCACUUCCAUGUACUUGGAAGGCAUGAAGAACCAGCUCACAGUGCUGGAUGAUCGACUGCGUCAACACCUUGGCCAAGACCGAGUGGCCUCAGUGGCAGCAUCAACUAGCCGAGGUGGAAGCCGUAAGCAAGGCAAGUGGGGACUUGGCAGUGCGUUGAGCAUUAUGGGCAAGAUCGUCAACCGCGUGGUGGAAGGCAACGACUCGAGUACGGCUGCACCUUCCGGUUCUAGUGCGUCACCGGGCGGUUUGUACGCGAACGAGGCGACUCCGCCCGCAGCGAGCUAUCCGACUCCAUCUGUGCCUACAUCGACCUUGUCACCUGCGCCUUCAUAUCCGCAGCAGCUCGCCCAGCAGACCCCACCUCAGGCGCAUAUGACCCCACCGCCCAGUUCACACGGACCCAUUCCCUCGUAUAUCCACGCGACUCCACCAGGAAGCGCCCCGGGCUCCUCGAACGGCUACAACCGAACCUCUGCGUCACCUGCGGGUCCCUACUCGAGACAAGGUUCCAGCAACAUUCCCCCGUCGGGACCGUUCUCCGGCAAUGGGCGUCCAGGACCUCAGCAGUCUGGUCCGUUCUCUGGGAAUGGACGUCCUGGUUCCGCCGGACCUGCUUCUCAGAAACACGGUACUGUGCCGUUGAUGCGCUCGCAGCACUCGAUGGAACCUCCUGGAAGCAACCGCAGCACUCACAGCAACAGUAGCUUCCAUGGAAUGCCAUCGACUGCACCCCAGCCGAUGCACCAGCAGCCUCCGUCAUCGCAGACUUCGCAACAUUCCCAGUACUCGCAGUAUAUCCAGGAGACGCCGACCGCACGCCCUGCGUUGCAGAAACCAGCUCCGUUGGAUUUAUCAGGUGACACGAGUUCUUCAAGCCAACCCAAGACUUUAGCCUCUGAUCUCGCCGCUGAGGUUGCUGCUUCGCUGCCGCCUACAGAUGCUGCCACUAUGAGUGGACCGUCGAGCGAUAAGGGCAAGGCAAGUCCUAAGUUCAAGGCCAAGAAGUCUGGACGUUCCAAGACGCCUCCACCUAGCGGAAGCUCGAAAAGCUCUGGAUGGCUGUCUGGUCUGUCGUCGUUUAUCGCCACCAAGAUGAACCCGGAGGCCAAGGUAGCCAAGCUUGGCGAGCAGAUGGAAGCCUACUUCGAUGAGGAGACCAAGCGCUGGAUAUUCCCUGGUGAAGCUGCUGCAGAGGAGCCUGCGAUGCCCAGCGCCCCGCCUACUGGUCCCAUGCCUGCCAGCGCGCCAGGAUCCGGCGUCGGCGUUCCUCCAGUAGGUUCGACGAACUCAGCGCCCGGGUCUAUGACCAGUGGACCCACGCCCAGUAAUGAUCCACUGGCUGCGCUCAUGGCUCCACCUCCGUCCCACGUGCUGAUGAAGAAGGAUCCUCUGGCUGCUAUGAUGGCGCCGCCGUCACGUCCGGGGAUGUACGGCGCACGUCGUGGUGGUUCCACUGCACAGCAUAAGCCGCCGCGUCCACAGUUUGCUGUGUUCAAGCCUAGUGCUGCACCUGCACCCACUCCGGAUGAACCGAGCGAGUAA